AUGACCGUACAUUUUCAGGUGUGGCUAAAAAAUCUUGAAAGUGAAAUGCGCUCGUCUCUUCACAAUAUGACCUUAAAAUGCAUCGUAACUAGAUCUUUACAAGAGCAAGAUCCCUUUACACUGCCAACACAAAUACUUUGCUUAGCACAAAACAUUCGAUUCACCGAGCAAACCGAAAAGGCUAUAAUAACAAAAGAUCUUCACAAGUUAAAAGCGAACAUUGAAAAUGAGAAUUCGUAUUACUGCUCGACCGAAAUAGAAGACGAAAGUGAACGUUAUAAAAGACAAGCGCUCAUAUUACAAUGUGCUCAUUAUUUGUGCGUCAUAAGAACUCUGAUAGAUAACAAUGUAGUAUCGACGAGUGACUGGCAUUGGCAAAAACAGCUGAGAUUCUAUUUUACAAGCAAUAAAGAGGUGACAGCAAAAAUGGGCUUAGCCACUAUUUCUUAUUCAUACGAAUAUCUAGGUGUAAACACUGGACAAUUCGUGCGAACGGAAUUAGCUGACGAAUGUUUUCUAAUACUAACACAGUUAACAAAAGUAUUACAUUCUGAAUUGAAUUUAUUAAGACGCUAAUUCAACAUCCUAAUUCUGAUUUAUGAUUAUAUAUGUUUUUACUUGGUACGUUCCUAUUAUGUUCAUGGUAUUAUGAGAUGUAGGGGGCAAACACCUUUAAAGUAAUAUUAUAUUGGCAACUUAGUAUAAUUGAAAAAUUAUUUGCAGUCAUUACAUCUUGGUUUGGUGGGAAAUCCAUUUGGUCCUGCGGGAACGGGUAAAACUGAAUCUGUGAAAGCUCUGGGUGGACUGGUCGGACGCUUAGUACUAGUAUUCAAUUGUGACGAGGCUAUGGAUGCGGAGUGUAUGGGGAGAUUAUUGAGCGGUCUUGCGUUGUGCGGCGCUUGGGGAUGUUUCGAUGAAUUCAACAGACUUUCGGCCGACACUUUAGCUGCAGUCUCUCACCAGCUGGAAGCAUUGUUGCCAGCAAUGAGACCAUCGUCCUCUGAACGUAUGGCAACCCUCAACGGCAAACAGAUAAAAGUAUCACCUUGGUGCGGGGUCGCUGCGACAAUGAACCCUAUAGGGCGGGGUUACGGUGGUCGACGGGAGUUACCGGCGGCACUAGAGCGGGUGCUUCGCCCUGUGGCCAUGACGCAGCCCUGCGGCUUACAACUAGUGUCCCGGCUACUGGCCGCACGCGCCAUUACUCAUGCGAAUGAGCUCGCGGCCGAUCUCUAUGACGUGUUUACGCUUGCCAGGUUUGAAAAUAUAUUAUCUCUCGUUUUUGCCGAUGUCCCAAAAGAGGAAUAUAACGUAGAUCCCAUAAAUAACGCUUUGUCUACAGCAUUUUUAACCAUGGGGCUAGUCAGUAAUCCAUCUCAGAUACAAAAGUGUACGGAACUUUAUGAGCAAAUGCAACAAAGGAUGGGUGUGGUCACAGUUGGUCCACCUGGAACAGGAAAGACGACUAUUCGGCAAUUACUUAAAAAUCCGUACAGAUCAAGAUGCAUUAAACUAUCAGAAUAUUUGAUAAUAUUUGAUGUAAUCAAUAUAUUUGAUAGUUUUAUGCAUCCUGAUGUGGUUGGUGUAUGUAUAACACUAGAUGUAUGGUCAUGGGUGGUGUGCGACGGUGACAUCGAUCCGGAAUGGGUGGAAGCUCUGAACUCGGUGCUGGAUGACAAUCGUUUGCUGACACUACCGUCCGGGUGGCGCGUACAGUUUGCAGACAAUGUCAACUUCCUGUUCGAAACUCAUAGUCUUGAACAUGCCUCGCCCGCCACUGUCUCCCGCAUGGGCGUCAUAUUGAUGGGCGACGAAAGCAGCUGUGCCGAAGAAGUAAUGAAUAAUUGGUUACGUAAGCUAGAUCUGGAAAAUGACAUGACCAAAAUAGCUGUACCUAUACUCCAACAAAGUAUCAAGAAGUGUUUGCAUUGGUUCCAAACAAACCGAUCAAACGUUUUGCUUAACAGUUAUGAUGUAACGAUGGUAAAACAAAUUCUUACACAAUUUGAGUACUUAGUCCAGAGUAGCAGUAUGAGUUUGACAGUUAACACACCCGAAGAGAUAGUAUAUUUGGCGAUCGAGAGGAGCAUAAUGGGAAUGUUGAAAGAAAAUUCCAUCGAUACCUUCCAUGAAGAGUUUGCAGAUUCAUUAGGACCUCCGCCGACUCCUGUGUCGCAGGCUAGUCUGUGGGUAUCGGACGGAUUAUUAUUAUCAAGCAGGCUGGCUGAAUGUGAGCCUGCCCUGCGCGCUUGCAACGUGUCCGCAACACACUUAUUGCUCGUAGGACCAGAUGCAAGCGGGAAAGGUUUGUUGAUCGAGCACUUGUUAAAAGAAAGUAAUUGUGCAAUUAUAAACAUUGACUGCACACCGUUGCUGGAACCGGCUGACAUUAUAAAAGAAUUGAAGAGAAUCAUAUUGGUUAUAAUUAUUGUGGCUAAUGUAAACAAAAAGUCCAUGAAUCUUCGCAACACUAAUCUAUAUUAUCUUUACUUAUAUUAUAAAGAGGAAAGAUUCGAUUAUGUUUGUUUGCAUCCAAUAGGCUCCGAAACUACUGAAUCGAUUUUAAAAAUACUCUCACCUACGGGAAGCUACAUCAUAUGUGGUGAAAAUAGGCUAUUUUAUAUCCCGAAAACCGGCAAAUAUAGGGAUGAAAGUAGGAGUGGAAGUUUGUAUAGGGAAUUAAAACGUUACCAUAGUAACCAUUGCUAUUAUACAAAAUUAAUUAUACAUAAUUAUAUCCAUGUUAUGAUAUGAACCGAUAUCCAAAUAACUAAGCCGCUGGGAGAAAGCUAGUGACAUUGUAAAAGUUACUUAUAAUCAAUAGAAUAAUGUGAUACGAGCUGUGGGUGGAAGCGGCAGUGGAGAGAACCAGAUGACGAUGAAUUAUUGGAAAUAACUAACUACCACCUGAGAGAAAGCGUGUCCAAAAAUUUCUCCGAGAAAGAUCUGUCCCACAUCGCUACUAAUAUACUGUCUAUGUUCAAAGAGGUGAUUGAAACUUUUAAUUCGCGUACACAUUAUAAAUGGAAUGCCGAUCAUUUAAAGCGAUGGUGUCAAAAUAUAAAAUGGUAUACGCCUUCGAACACCGCAGAACUAAUAACGGCUAUUUACACUGAAGCUAAUGCUAUUUUCAAAGACAGACUGAUGUCUCACGAUGAGAAAGAAAUGUACAGAACUAUUUCAGUAACACACUUACAGGCAAACAAAAGUGAUAACAUUUGUUUUGCCCCAAAAUUAAAGGGAGACGGUGUUUAUAUGGAGGCCAUAGAAUACAGUGAAUGGUCUCUAAAGACGCAGAAAUUAAUUAACCAAUGCUUGUCCGAAAACGAAAAUGUGUUUGGUGAUACUGGUAUUGAAGUUUGUACUGAGUUGGCUACCUUAUAUACAGCUAUGGCAAGAGCGUGUGGAGGAGUUGCAGGUGGUGGGGCGGGAAAGGCUCUCGUGUGCGUGGGAGGUGGCGGAGUGGGGAGACGGGCCGCAGCCGUCUUGGCAGCUUCAGCUCUUCCCGCCGUUUUGUUUACUGUAAAACAACCGCACCAGUUUACUUCCACUGUCAAGAAUGCACUCACGUCAUCUGGAGAAGGAGCUCGCACGUUGCUCGUGAUAUGCGAGUUAGCGGUGACUACUGCGGAACUGUCGGCCAUAGAAGCUGUACAGGGCGCAAAUUCUAUACAUGCUAUACCCUCUCAGAUGAUGCCGUCACAACAUUCAACACAUUUUCUGCACAAUAUAAAACACAACUUAGGUGUCGUGAUAUGUCUGGAUAAGGGUCAGGAGGAUCUGUGGGAAUUGAUAUCGAACUAUCCGUUGUUGUGCAACGCCGAACAUUUAAUAUGGAUAGAGCGUUGGUCUCAGGACACACUCCGCCAGAUGCCGCCGCUGGUCAUACAGAGGUACCAACGUUGUAUGUACUUGUGUGACGCAUUAAGCACCUUUGUGAUCACAGCACUUCGCCGCGCCCGUAGUGAAGUGGCAACACUGCAAGCAGAAGCAGCAGAGCAGGAGGCGGCACUAAACGAAAAACAAGAAUCAGCAAAUCGAGCACUGGAACAGAUCUCUGCCACAGUGCGAGCUAACACCGACCAAAGGGAAGAAAUGCACGCCCUUAAAACUAAUAUCGAAGCCGAAAACGAGAAGUUGCAAAUUAGAAAAAAAGAAAUAGAAGCUGAAUUAGCAUCUGUCGAGCCCGUUAUUGCGGCCGCCCGUGCAGCAGUUGGAGAUAUUCGACCUGAAUCCCUAAGCGAGAUAACCCGCGAGGCGGUCGAGUCCGUGGAGCGUUUGCUCCGCAGCCGCGGCUCGUCGUUCGAGCAGGCGACCGCGCGGCGCGCGAGUGCCGCGUGCGCGCCGCUCGCCGCGUGGGUGCGCGCCAACCUCGCGUACGCGCUAGCACUAGCGCGCGUGCAGCCGCUGCAAGCGCAGCAGGCGCAGCUGCACAGGUGA